AUGACAAGAUCUUUAAUGGAUCCAAUACGACUGGUGAAACAGUCUGGCAUCCCGACGACACUAAGUACUGACCCACUUCGUGAACGUCGGUGGUCCUCAUCUGAAACUGGUCAACUUCGGAGCCGCCUUUGUCAAGACCGGGCAACGCCGCUUCCCCGCUGCCCCGGCCGGGGGCCCGCCGCCGCGGCGGGGGCCGGCGGGAGAAAGCCUCACGCACAGCCGCUCUCAGCCGACCGGCAUCUAACGCCUCCAACACCGAGCUGGCAGAAGGGACCCCCGAACGGAGCAUCGCAAGGCGACGUGCGGGAGCGAGACACGCGGGGCCGGCGUGGGCGGGGAGGGGGUGCUGGCGGGGACCCGCAGCGCCCCGGCCCCCCGCGGAGACCGGCCUCCCCCCAGCGGCACCUGAGGAGGGGGGAGAAGGGUCCCUCCCCAAACGGCCCCCGAGCCCCUCCCGGGAGGAGAAGCACCCGUGCGCCCGUUUUCCCCCGGGCACCCCCCUCCCCGCCGCGGGGCACGGACGCGGUGGCCGGCGCCGCUCCUUACCUGCUGCUGCCGCCGCUGCUGCCCGCGCCCCGGCUGCUCCCGCCGCCGGACCCCCAUCGCACCCCCCUCCCCGCGCACACAGGACACGCCGCUCGCGGGGCGCCGGAGCCGUUAACGGAACCGGGGGGCGUCCGCUGGAGUCUCGCGGGCUGCGCCUUCUCCCGUUCCCUCAGCAGCCCGCGCUCGCCCUCCCGCUCUGCCCGGCGCUGGGUCCGGAGUGCGCCUCGGCCGCCGGACGGGGCGGGGCGGGGCGAGGCGGAGGGCGGGGCGGGGCGAGGCGGAGGGCGGGGCGGCACCCCCACACACACGCUCUCGCCUUCCCCCGCAACCCGCAAGCCCCACCUCUCCCGCCGGCUCCGCCUCCCAUUGGCUCCGCCUGCUCGGCCCCGAGGGAACGCGAACUCCGCAUUGGCCACUCGCGCUGUCGCGCAACCAAAACACCAGGCCCCGCCCCACGGCGUGCCCACCGCCUCUUUCUCCCCCCAACCCGUCCCUGCUCCCACCGCAGCGGGGACCGCGGGCGGGGAUCUCCUGGGCGUUGCGGGGCGCCCUGGGGCCAGGCUGCGAGUUUGCGGACGCCAGCGAGCAACAGGCGGGGCGGGGGGACGGAGGGACGGGAGGGGAGGGCAGAGGGUCCUUACCCGGCACCGAGCCGGUGAGCGCGGGCUGCCGCCUCGGUCCCUCCGCCGGAUCGGCCCCCCCCCCCCCCGCCGCUGCCGUGCCCGGCCAGACCCCAGCGGAGCGCCGAGGCAGAGCGGUGCCCGUGCGGCGCGGCAGCACGGCCCCUGCCCCGCACGGCCCCCGGCCCACCCCGCACGUUCAAGACCCUGGACAACGCCGCCCGGCCCGGCCUCUCAGCCCCGGCACCCGCCGGGCCGCCCGCCCCUGUCCCGCCGCCGUUACCGCGGACCGGCCCCGCACCGCCCGGCCCCGGGCUCCCGCGCCCCGCUGGCUCCUUCCCCCGGGGGUGACCGGGGCCCCUGUGCCACCCCCCGACGGGGCCCGGCGCUGCCUCGGCCACGGGCCGCCCGACACCCCCCCGGACUUGCCGCGGGGAGCGGCCCUCUGGGCGCGCCCCCACCCCGCAGCGCCGCUCGUUCGCACCUAUAG